GGCGGAGCGCAGAGAGAGCCAUGGCUAGAGAUGGCGAGGGGCGCGGGCGGACGGCCGCCGCGGCUGCGGAGCCUGGCCUGAGGGAGCGGGGGCCCUAGGACCGAGCCGGCGUCGUCCCGCAAAAAAUAAGAAAAACUCAGUUAACCACCAAAAAAAAAAAAAAAUCAAACCCAAGCGCCACCAACCCAGCGGCGACGGCACCGAGACCCCUCCAGAGCCGCCGCGUCCCGCGGGAGGAGCCGGCCCGCGCCCGCCGCACCACACGGAUGUGCGCGGCCCGCGAUGAACGCGCAGCUGGCGAUGGAGAGCAUGGGCGACCUGCACGCGGUGAGCCAUGAGCCGGGCGCCGAGCUGCUGGGCGGCCCCGCGCACCCCCGCGCCGCCGCCGUGCCGCCCCGCGGGCACCUGGGCGGCCCCGCGCGGCCCGCGAGCAUGGCGCUGCUGGACGGCGGCGACUUCCACCACCACCACCGCGCCGCCGAGCACGGGCUGGGGGGGCCGCUGCAUCCCGCCAUGAGCAUGGGCUGCGAGACGCCCCCCGGCAUGGGCAUGAGCGGCACCUACACCACGCUGACUCCGCUGCAGCCGCUGCCGCCCAUCUCCACGGUGUCGGACAAGUUUCCGCACCACCACCACCACCAUCACCACCAUCCGCACCAGCGCCUCCCGGGCAACGUCAGCGGCAGCUUCACGCUCAUGCGGGACGAGCGGGGCCUGGCGCCCAUGAACAACCUCUACGCGCCGUACCACAAGGACGUGGCCGGCAUGGGGCAGAGCCUGUCGCCGCUGUCGGGCUCGGGGCUGGGCUCGGUGCACGGCUCGCAGCAGGCGCUGCCGCACUACGCGCACCCCGGCGCCGCCAUGCCCGCCGACAAGAUGCUGACGCCCACCGGCUUCGAGGCGCCGCAUCCCGCCAUGCUGGGCCGGCACGGCGAGCAGCACCUGAGCGCCCCGCCCGCCGGCAUGGUGCCCCUGGGCGGCAUCCCGCACCCCCCGCACGGCCACCUGGGCGCGCAGGGCCAUGGGCAGCUGCUGGGCCCCGGCCGGGAGCAGAACCCUGCGGUGGCGGGCUCUCAGGCGGGCGGCGGGAGCAAUUCAGGGCAAAUGGAAGAAAUCAAUACCAAAGAAGUCGCUCAGAGGAUCACCACCGAGCUCAAGCGAUACAGCAUCCCCCAGGCCAUCUUUGCCCAGCGGGUGCUGUGCCGCUCCCAGGGGACCCUCUCGGACCUGCUGAGGAACCCCAAGCCCUGGAGCAAGCUCAAGUCCGGCCGGGAGACCUUCCGCAGGAUGUGGAAGUGGCUCCAGGAGCCCGAGUUCCAGCGGAUGUCUGCUCUGCGGCUGGCAGCGUGCAAGAGGAAAGAACAAGAGCACGGGAAGGACAGAGGGAAUACCCCCAAAAAGCCUCGGUUGGUCUUCACGGAUGUCCAGCGUCGAACUCUACAUGCAAUAUUCAAGGAAAAUAAGCGUCCAUCCAAAGAAUUACAAAUCACCAUUUCCCAGCAGCUCGGGUUGGAGCUGAGCACCGUCAGCAACUUUUUCAUGAAUGCACGGAGGAGGAGUCUGGAUAAGUGGCAAGACGAGGGCAGCUCCAAUUCAGGCAACUCAUCUUCAUCAAGCACUUGUACCAAAGCAUGAAGGAAUUACCACAAACUAAACCUCGGUGGAAAAGCUUUAAAAAUAAAUAAAUAAAUAAAUAAAGACAGACCGGGACCUCAAGAUAGCAGGUUUAUACUUAGAACUAUUUGAAAAAAAUGUUAUUUAUAAGUCCAAAGAAACCAAAGACUUAUUUCACCUGCAUUAUGACUUUGUUCUAAGACACACGCUUUAGUAGGAUGACAACUUGCAAAAAAUAAAGGAAAGAAGAGAGUGAAAUGGAAUGAACAAAGUGGAACACGAAGAGAAGAAAAGUAGACCACUGGUCUCACACCUUCAUCCAUGAUCAUCUCCACCGUCCUUGGCUGUGUAGUGGUUUGGAGCAUAGUGAUUUCUUGUCAUUGAAUGGACAUCUUGUCAGAUAUGGCUCUUCAUUUCCACAGCGAUCGCCAUGAAGGUGUGCAGUGUGUCCGUGCUGUGUACACACCGGUGGUAGGGACUGAGUCAGAGCUGGUUGGCAGAGAGGGUCGUGCGCGGCAUGGCCAGCAAGGCGUGGAGUCGUCCGAAUGCAUUUGAAUGGUAGUGUGAUUUUUGCUGUUUUGGUGUUUGAGCUUCCCCGGCGCGAUGCCCGGACACGAGUUCAAACUAGGCAGAGAAAUUUUGAAUGGUACCUAAACCAGUGCAUUCUCUUUGUUUGUUAAGGAAUGUUCAGAUUUAAAAAAGGGAAACUAUUCCAUCCAUAAAAGUUGACUAGCUACCAAAGAACACAUUUAAUAAUUAUAUUGCAGGUAUUUUAUUGCAAUGAUUUUAAUAUUCCAAAGCUAUUUUUACACAAAAUACUAUGUAGAGUUAUAGGUAUAAACUAAUCUAACUGUAUAACACAUAAAACUUGUAAUCAAGACUGUUAUUUGCCAUUAGUAAUGUCACAUUCUUGUUUCUUUUCACGAAUGGCAAGAAAGAAUGGCACAAUGGGGCUGGGGCCCAACACCUGGUCAAUGCUCAUUGAUGUUAGGGAGCUCUUUUUUCUUUCUUUCUUUCUUCUUUUUUUAACCUACUGACUUUUCUAGGCAGAGGAAUAGCGAUAUAUGUGAAGACUUGGGGGUCUUUUCCCACUGAAAGCUGGUAGGACAUCAGGUAGUGUGGAUGGCAGCAGCUCUGGCAGGAGCUCUGGACGUGCCGUCGGAAAGCCAAGUCAUGGCUCCUCUGAAGUUGAUAGCAGUGUUCCCAUGACACAAAGGCACAGCCUAUUGUCACGUGGCUUCCUGUCCACGUGCAUCAGGCUGAGCUUUCUUCCGUGCAUUCUUUCUUGCUCAUCUGUUAAUCCAAAUACUGCAUGAAGUAGUUUAAAAUUCAUAGUUGGAAAGUUUAACUGCUCUGUUGCUGAUAGAACCUCAGAAGAUAAACCGUCCCAUCCCUACUCUGAUAAGUAAAAGUAAAAAGAAAAGCAUGCAACAUCUGCAAACUGAAUUUUAGUGUAAGGGGAAAUUAGACUUUAAAAACCAAUUGGACUUUAAAAACAAAUUUUAAAUACAUGUGCUUGUUAGAUUUCUACUGGUGUCCUGAAUUUCUGUCAUAAUUCUACUAGGCAUAUUAAAUUCCAGAGUAACCAAAUAUGCAGGUUAGGCCCAAGAAAUAGGCAAUCUUACACUCUUCUCUUCUCUUCUCUUCUCUUCUCUUCUCUUCUCUUCUCUUCUCUUCUCUUCUCUUCUCUUCUCUUCUCUUCUCUUCUCUUCUCUUCUCUUCUCUUCUCUUCUCUUCUCUUCUCUUCUCUUCUCUUCUCUUCUCUUCUCUUCUUUCUUUCUCCUUUUAAGGGAAAUUAAAAUUCUAGGUAAACUAGAAUUCUUCCAACAUCAGCCAUAUACAGAUUUUUGUGAUGCAGCCCCUCAAAUACCAGUGGCACCAUUUAUUUCCCAAGAUGACAGGGUCUAGUCAGGUUUCAGGGUACAUAGGUAACUUCCAGUAGGUGUUUAGAAUUAAACUAAAGUAUCUCUUUAUUAAAACACAUUCAAGUAAAACCAAGUAAAACAGAUAUUUCUCCCCGUUUUUCUAUGUUAAACCCAGUUUAAGAAUGUCAAAGCAAAUGCCUAUUUAAACAUAAUCUCCAAGGCUUUAGAACUUCUAGCUUACCUUAAAAUUUAGAGAGCUCUCUUUUAAAGUGUUCCAUUCCCACCAGAGUAUAACUGACAAAUACUAACAAGCUCACCUAUAAAGCAUCUUAUGAAUGCAGUUUCAUUAGUGUGAGAUUAAAAAAGGACAGUGAUAACUAAUGUUUUAGGGUUUGUUUUGUUUUGUUUUGUUUUCCCAGUAGAACACUGCUUUGUAACGUACCUAUAGUUUAGAAAAGAAAGCCUUAUUUAUUUAAAACUUGAGAAUUUAAAAAUGCAGGGAAAUUCAAAGUACAUCGCCGCAUUUUUUAGCAUUUCCAUUGUAUUGUCCUUAGAGUCUGCUUGCUGAAACCAAAGAGAACUUUCAUACCAGCAUUAAAUUUGCACCCAAUAUGCAAUUUCAGGAUCUCUGAUACACACCCACACGAGCCCCUGAGUAGAUCUAUGUGUUCAUAUAUGCACGCACAUGCCCUGUAUAUGUGUGUAUACAUGCACACGUAUCCACACACCAAAACUGAUGCACAAGUUAUAGAUUUUAAGUGUUGUUUUGUUUUGUUUUUUUACAUGCCUGUUGAGGUAUCUGUAAACCUUUUGAUUUUUUUAUAAGCCAUGGAGAACAAAACCACCCUUGCCACAAGCAAUACGCGCUUCGUACUCAGAAUAGACCAAGAACCCACUUUUCUUUAAUUGCGUUCAGCCCGUGCAGUGGAUCCCUACGGGACUGCUCCCCUGUGCCCAGGCACGGCACAGCCCCAUCCCAUCGCUGCUGCUCGUCGGCUGCCGUCCCUUCCCUGUGCCGUGCCGCGUGUCACACCCGUCCUGUUCCCGUUACGUUAGUGUCCGUCUGUCCACCUGGAUGAGAUCGGGGCUUCACGCCCGACAAACUGGAAAUUAGUUUCAGAUUCCAUACCCAAAGGACCUGAAAGUCUGCCAGGAACAUUUAGGAGAGGAGCGGAACCCAGUCUGCCAUGGCUCCACGGGGCUUCGUGGCACGAGGGCGUCAGGGGCGUGCGUUCGGCCCAUGGGGGCUGCCAAAACCAUGCCGACCCCAGGCAGUGUGGUUCAGAGGCGAAGCACCCGUCCCACCCUAAGGGCGCUGUUGGCUCUCUGGGGAGCAGGCACAGCCCUGGAUGGCAGCGCUGCUCGGCUCGGCCCCAGGAGGCUUCCAGGGCCUUGUCCUCCUCUCCUCACUCAGGUAAAGCCAUGCGAGCCGGCGGGGCCGUGCCGCUGCUCCUGCAGGCGGUGCCGACAGCUGCCUUGGGUGCGGGGCUGGCAGUGGGCACAGCCCUGGGUGCUGCUGGAGGGCACAGCCCAAAGGAGCCCCAGGGCCUUUCUCCCUGCUGUGAGCCGCCUUCUCGCCCCUUCCUUCCACCACUCUUCCUCCUCUCCUCCUUUGUACAUAAGAAUGAAAACUAUGCAUUUAGCAAACAAAGAGAAAGCACUUACCCUUUUCUAUCCAGCUGCGUUUGGGUGCAUUCAAAGGUCCAGAGGCUAAUUUUGAGACUUUGCUUAGCCUUCUGGUUUAUUAUUGUGGUGUGGUUAGCUUUACAAUACAUUUGGUAACUAUUUGCUAAAGACAAAGAAGCAAAAGGUAAGGAAUAGCUACUUCCACGUGUUAAAAAAAAAAAAAAGAAAAAAAAUGAAAAAAAAAGAAAAAAAAGAAAAAAAAAAAAGAAAAAAAGAAAAAAAAAAAGAAAAAAAAGUGUGUAAAGAUCUACUAUUUAUAGUGUGAACCAAAGACGCUACCUCACUCGAUUUCCAUUGGUGAUUUUAAUCACAUUGAUGAUACCAAAGAAUACCAAAGAUUUUUCAUGCACGGCCUCGGUCUGUGAAGGGAACUCCUCCCCCCCCUCCUCGCCUCUCCCAGUGCGUAGAUGCGUCUGCUCCUUGUAGCGAUGACGGUAACCUGAUGAAUGCUUCUCUUACUACAACUCUACUGCUGACGAUGAUAAGGAUAAUAAUAAUAAAGCUCUAGGCAAACAUGUUGCAAACUUUGUAAACUCCUAGGACGAGUGCCUUGCUUGAACCAAAGUGUUAAACCGCUGUUGACCUCUUUAUCUCUCACCUUAUACUCUUUGAAUACCUCAGCCUGUUAGAAAGGCCACUAAUGAAAAAAGGAAUAAUUCUUCACCGUGGUGCUUUUUGCCGUGCAACCAUGCAAUGAAACUUUCUUUGAUACCAAAGGAAAAUGUUUUUUUCCACUUUCUUGCUGACAAACCAAAGGUUCCUUCCUCCUUCCCCCGCAAGCAGCGUGAGUCCCUCAGCCCAGACAGGCCGUGCAUUGCUUUUACCAAUUCCUCCAAAUACCUCAUAGUAAUAAAUCGUUAGGGUUACGUUGUAUAGAGAGUCUAUGUGAUAAGGCAGAACUUACUAGUUUGAUAAUUGUUAAGGUUACUUAAAAGAAGCUUUAUAAUUCUUAUUUAUUUUGUAGGGGUUGUUUUGUUUGUACAUUCCUUUUUUAUUGCUGUGGUCGGGUUUGGGUUUCUUCUAAUUCUCUUUUGGCAGAACUUCUCUGUUAUACUCAAGGAAGAUCCUAUUCCUGGAAACGCUUCUAAGUGGGUAAAGAUCGCUGGUUGCAAUGAACGCGAGAAGGGGAAAAGCGGCUUUGAUUUCUUUUGUUUGGGUUGGGAUGCUUUGUGUUUGCUAGUCGACGUUCUUUUCACAGGGUAAAAAAAAUAUUAUCUGCUGUGAUAAAUGGUUCCUAUUUUUUCUCUAUAAUGUGCUGUGAUUUUUAAUUUAAUUACAUUUUGUAUACACUUAUUUAAUCACUGCUUUAAUUUAUGACUAUGUAGUUUAAAAAGAAAUUGUAUAUAGUAGAUUCAAAAAUGGCCAAAGCUUUAUGUUACAAUCUUUUCAUUCUCGAUGCCGAGAUAAACUGAAGGAGAGUGCUUCUCUUGACUGCAGGGUGUGUCUUCAGGCUUGUCUUGGCGUGCACUUCCACGCGUGUCCCAAACACUGCCAGGUUAUCCCCCAGCCUCCCUCCCCUCGGCCCUGUUCAUGCCAAAAUGAGUGUUCCAAGGUAGUGCUUUUGUCACAUAGAGAGCAGAAAGGCAUUAUUUAGCACGUUCUCCUUUAAUUUAUUUGUCUUUUUUUUUUUUUUUUUUCUAGAAAGGUUCCUUAGGGGGUCAGACCCGCGCGUCCAAAGCAUUUUGGUUGGUUAAUGCUUCGAGGCACCGGCGUUUGUGAGACCCGGGGCACCCGUGGGGUGGGUGGCUGCUGCCAGCUCGGUGUGUGCCCACAGGCUGCACUCCUGGGGGGAGCAGAUGGGGGCAGAUGGGGGUGGCAGGGAUGGCAGGGAUGGCUGCACCCAGCUGGCAGCGCUCAGGCCCUGGCCGCCGCCGGGCCACCUCAGUGCCACCCAUGGUUGUAGGCUCCUGGAGGGGGCAGCUCGGGGCCACAGCAGCACCGCAGGGCCCCGAGUUGGCCAAUGGGCAGAGGUGCCACCAUCCCGCUGGGGGACCGCGUGCCACCCUGCUCAGCUCCAGAGGGGAACAGCAGUUUUGAGUUGAGGAGAGUAAUGACAAUGAUAAUUCUGCAAAGCUGACGGUGGCAUCACGGCACAGAAAAUAGGAUGCCGCUCACUUGUAUUUUAUUUUGCGUAAAAUAAUAGGUUCUGUUUCAACUAAAUGUUGUGUAUGACAUGAUUUGUGACGGAUGUAAAUAUUUCUUUCCAUGCACAGUAGGUGAGCUCCAGGUGUACGUUGUUUUUGUUCAGGGGAUGUCGGAGGGGUUGAGGGAGGGAAGGACGAGGGCAGGGUUUGAGCUUUUGGUCAGAAGUUACACUUUCUAGAUACAUUUUUAUACUUCAAGUAUUGAAAUGGGGCAAUAAAGAUGCUCUGAAAUGCAGGAUCAUUAAAUGGUCUGUUGGUAAGCAUUGGCUAAAUGUCUGCUUUUAAUACAUAAACCGAUGCCGUGCAAUGACUUAUGUGUCACGUGGAGGGAGGAGACAAAGUAUUAGUCUGCGAAUCCAGCAUUAGCUAUUGAACACUGGACAGAAGUAUACUUAGGAAAAAAAAAGAAAGUUUCCUUUUUCUGUUUUAGUCGUUUGAUUUCUCAUGGUAUGUUCUGCAUUUAUUGCAUAAUCGUUGUGGAAUCAUUUUAGUUUCGCAGUACGAACCGAACGGCAGUAUUAAACGACAAUAAACUGACGGCGUUGUCUCUCA